GCACUCCUCCUCAACCGAACGUACAAAAAAAAUUUAUCUCCAAGGAGAACAUAAAUCUUGGAUAAACUAAGUUAAUUUUACUUGUGAUUCAACAACAUAGGAUACAGCUCCAGGAUGUGGAGCCCGCAAAAAGGUCCUACACGACUGUGGGACCUUAGGUUUAGUCAUAUAUUUAUAUUACUUUUAAUGCUUCGUAUUAGUUUAGUUUUAGCUGGUAAUGAAUUGUGGCCCGUUGAGCGGCCGGAAGGUAUGCCAAACAUAGUCUCAUUAGAAGUGAUGUGCGGUAAAGACCACAUGGAUGUCCAUUUAACAUUCUCGCAUCCAUUUGAGGGUAUUGUCAGUUCAAAAGGUCAACAUAGUGACCCGCGUUGUGUUUAUGUGCCUCCAUCGACAGGCAAAACGUUUUUCUCCUUCAGAAUAUCGUACUCACGUUGUGGCACAAAACCAGAUUUACAUGGACAAUUCUAUGAGAAUACGGUUGUGGUCCAAUACGACAAAGAUCUGCUUGAAGUUUGGGAUGAAGCGAAACGUUUACGUUGCGAGUGGUUUAACGAUUAUGAGAAAACAGCCUCAAAGCCACCGAUGGUAAUUGCUGAUUUGGAUGUAAUUCAACUUGAUUUCAGAGGCGAUAAUGUCGACUGCUGGAUGGAAAUACAACAUGGCAAGGGUCCAUGGGCACCUCCAGUAAGCGGAAUUGUUCCACUGGGUUCUACUCUGACGCUUGUUGUGGCCAUUAAUGAUUAUCGCGGUGAGUUUGAUAUGCGAGUUAAAUCGUGUGUUGCUUCAGAUGGUUCCGGUCAUAUAAUCAACCUCUCGGAUGAAUUUGGUUGUGUGCUUAGACCAAAAAUGAUAUCACGUUUCUUGAAAGCACGUGCACCAGAUGAGCGAGCAACUGUUAUAACCUAUGCAUUUUUCCAUGCGUUCAAAUUCCCUGAUGCUCUGAGUGUUCACAUCAAAUGUAAAGUCGAAAUUUGUCGCCAUGGCUGCCUUGAUCAUUGCCAACUAACUGGUAAUGUAAACGAACGAAAAGACGUUUUAAUAAAUGAUGCCAUUAGCAAUCAGAAUGACUUGAUACCAGAGGAAGCUACACAUCAAAUGGCUGCACCAGAAGGAGGUGCUAGUGAUCAUGAUAUAUUUUAUGAUGACAUCAUACAUAAUCGCAAGCAACUCUCUUCUAUAAACAGUGGUAUUGCAAAUAUACUUGAUCAAUUUAAUGUGCAUGAGAAAAAUGCAAAUUUGCAACCACGCCCAGUCCAUGAGGACACUGAAGAAGCUGACUUAGAUACACUAUUUGGCGAUGAUGAACUUGCUGAUUUGGAUGAAGCUCAAUAUAUGGAAUUGAAAAAGAGUGGCAAAUUCCCACAUGGUCCCAGAUUUUUCGAAGCACAAAAACGCAUAGGAGUACCGAUGGCUGGACCACGUUCACUCGAACCCAAGUCCGAAGAUGAUAUACCUCGACCAAUAUAUCAACCAGAAACAACAGAGUUUAAACACUUACCAGAAGAACUUAUAAAUGAAAACAAACUAAACAAAACAAAUAAAAUAGCAGAAAGCCAGCAACAUGUCCAGCAAACAAGGCGUCGUAGAUCAGUAAUUAUUUCGGACAGAAAAGCACGUAGCGCUGAUGUUGGUGUGAGUGGUCUAUAUGAUGUUAUAUCUGAAGCUGAUCUUGCAUUUUCGCCAGAUUCAAAACAAGAAGCAGUUACAGUAUUUCAAGGCAAAAUAAGUGAAGAAGUAGUGUAUGGAAUUUGUAUGCCCGUACCUGGAUUCAGCAUUCUUUUUAUAGUUGUUAUAUCAGCUACGAUAGUCUCAGCCUUGAUUGCUGGCUCAUUGUUGUAUCGCUACCAAUUACAAAAGGAAGCGUUAGAAAAGCAAACGCCAAUUCCUGUCCCUGGUACAUUUGCGUCAUGGAUGACUUUGCGACUUUUCCGCAUGCGACAUAUGCAAAACCAACAAAACCAACAACAACAGGAACAACAGAGACAGCAGGCAUUGCCACACGAGACGGUGCAAUAACUAUCUAUAUCUCAUAAAAUAUCGAAUACAAAGAAAUUAUGACUCAAAAUUGUUGACUGAUACAAAUUUUUUUAAUAUUAAAACUCCCACACUUUUUAUGAGCUAUUUUUUUAAUUGGGUGUAAUGAGCGCGUUACAUACUACAACUCUCGGUGCUUUAAUUGGGGUGCGUUUAAUUCUAAUUACAGAAAAGGACUUCAUAAGAGGUUUUAAAACUGUUAGAGUUCACAGUUAGUCUUAUUUUUACUUUUAAGCUUCGCUAAAUCAAAUUAGGUUCAAAUAAUAUUUAUGAGAAAAAAUAUUUUCAAUAAAGAACAAAUAUUUUUAAUGGGUUUAAAAAUGUAUAUUGACAUAUAUUGCAAAUUACUACC